AUGGCUGAAACAAAAGAGGAGUUUGAAGCAAGAAUCUGGGCUAAGUAUGAAGCGGAGCUGCAAUCUAAGAUUGAAGCUAUGAAUGCCCAGGAGGAGUUCGAGAGAAAACUCCGAUUGGAGAAAGAAUUUUAUGCUAAUUGGAAGUGUAUUCGUGAAAGUGGAUCUCAUGAAAAAGAACAUGAAUGGAUAGCCCAAUCCAAUGUCCUACGAGAAAAAGUAUCGUGCAUUCUGCGGACGCGAGCAGGUCAUCAAAGUCAUGAUGAAUCACAUAUUGGUCAUGAAUGUGUUUCCUUGGAGCAAUGUGAGGAAGCACCAAUUGAAGAAAAUGAGAAUUGCGAGUUAGUUGAAGAAAAUAUCUCUCGUCAAGCCAUUGAGGAAGAAGAGAAAGAAUUUCCUGAAGAAGAACUCACAGUUUGUCAAGAACUAGAAAAAGACAUGACAAUGGGUGAAGCGAAAGAAGCAUUGAUUGACUCCGGACCAAAAGAAUCCUUCAAUGUGGAUUUUGUGUAUGGAGAUGAAUUGAUGCUGAAUUCAGUGCAUGCAAGAUACAAUCAAGCGAACACCAUGGCUGAAACAAAAGAGGAGUUUGAAGCAAGAAUCUGGGCUAAGUAUGAAGCGGAGCUGCAAUCUAAGAUUGAAGCUAUGAAUGCCCAGGAGGAGUUCGAGAGAAAACUCCGAUUGGAGAAAGAAUUUUAUGCUAAUUGGAAGUGUAUUCGUGAAAGUGGAUCUCAUGAAAAAGAACAUGAAUGGAUAGCCCAAUCCAAUGUCCUACGAGAAAAAGUAUCGUGCAUUCUGCGGACGCGAGCAGGUCAUCAAAGUCAUGAUGAAUCACAUAUUGGUCAUGAAUGUGUUUCCUUGGAGCAAUGUGAGGAAGCACCAAUUGAAGAAAAUGAGAAUUGCGAGUUAGUUGAAGAAAAUAUCUCUCGUCAAGCCAUUGAGGAAGAAGAGAAAGAAUUUCCUGAAGAAGAACUCACAGUUUGUCAAGAACUAGAAAAAGACAUGACAAUGGGUGAAGCGAAAGAAGCAUUGAUUGACUCCGGACCAAAAGAAUCCUUCAAUGUGGAUUUUGUGUAUGGAGAUGAAUUGAUGCUGAAUUCAG